AUGGGUGAUGAUUGUGAAGUCGUUAAGAAUUGGAAAUCGGAUCGCAAAUUAAAAGAAACAACUUCGAUUAAUAUUCAAAAUACGAUUUUGAGAGGUGCACAAACAAUUAGAACCUUUAAUGACCAAACUUUUAUUACUAAAUAUUCCAAAUCAAAAAAAAGAUAUCGAGAAGAGAAGAAGCUUCGCAAAAAGAAAAGUGAAAAAGUGAUUCCUAAUUAUAGUGAGCUCUCUGACGGAGAGGAAAUUGAAAUUGAAUCAAAUCUCAAAAAGGCAUUUGAUAAAGAAUACGCCAAAAUGAAGGACCAUCUGAAAUGGAAGCUUCAAUGUACAGGUCGAGUUGUGGAAGACACUUUAUAUGAGUACGUCGACGAUCCAAUAAUUCAAGGAAUCUUUUAUCCUCAAGGAUUACAGGAAAUCGCCGAAACGAAUGUUAAAAAAGAUCCGAAUUUAAGUUUUAAUCUUUAUGAAAAUCUAGCGAGUUUUUACAAUAAGGGUAGCAUUGAAGAAAUAAGAAUGAUCAUGAAAGAAAUUGAUCAUGGAGAAUAUAAUUUUGAAAUAGAUACCCUUAAGUAUUCAGUUCACAGCCUAAUACGUCAAUAUAAACGUAAUCCAAAUGCUUUCUCUUUGGACCAUUACGAAGCAUUGUAUAACAUUAAUGUUUGGGGUCCUAUUAUUGAUAGAACCGUUAAUAAUAUACCAAAUGUCGAUAUUGUUCGGGGUGAAUCAUCGAGUUUUUCAAGUUCAGAUCGGAAAAACAGAAACCGUACUGUGGAUAUCCGAAAAAAUGGUUCUGAGGUUGGAAAACGCUACAAAGAACAAAAUGCGACUAAAUGGCUUCACGAAUCAGGAUUAAAACUUCCAAAAAUGAUGUGUGACAUGUUUGUUAGCUUAUGCAAGAAUGCAAAAUGGGAUACAAGAAAAAUGGAAAAAAUGAAAACCGUAAAUCUCCCAGCUGGUUAUAUAACACGCAUUAAUAAAAGCGAACUCUAUCGUAUACCAGAAGACGUCGAGUCUUUUAACGAUGCAGUAGAAUUGAUUACAGCAGUUUGGAAAAGCAAGAUGCGAGUUGUUAAUACAAUGUCAUUAUUAAAUAACAAAGAAAGAUGA